UGUGCCUCUUUUGUGCUUCUGAUAUCAUCUCUUGAAAAAGAAGGGCAUUCAAUUUCUCCUUUAGUGGAAGGAUUGCCAGCCAAGCAGAGAGGCUUAAGGUUCUGCCCACCAUGUCUCACACUGGAGCUCAGGGUAGCAUCGGAAGUCAUUCGGCUGCUGGGCUGCGCAACUACAAGAUUGUGUUUUAUGAGUAUGAAAACUUCCAGGGACGUAGAAUGGAAUUCAAUGGCGAAUGCCGCAACCUGUGUGACAAGGGGUUUGACCGCGUUGGCUCCAUUCGAGUGGACUGUGGCCCAUGGGUAGCUUAUGAGCAGCAGAAUUUCUGUGGAGAGAUGUUCCUGCUUGAGAAAGGAGAAUAUCCUCGAUGGGACACCUGGUCAAACAGUUACAGGAAUGACCGAAUCAUGUCCUUCCGUCCUGUCCGCAUGGAUGCACAGGACCACAAGAUUUGUCUCUAUGAGUGUGUAAACUUUGAAGGACGCAAAAUGGAGGUGUGUGAUGAAGACAUCCCCAGCCUGUGGUCAUAUGGCUUUCAGGAUAGAGUAGCCAGCAUUCAAGUCACUGGGGGAACCUGGGUGGGCUACCAAUACCCUGGAUAUCGUGGCUACCAGUAUGUGUUUGAGAGUGGGCCCUUCAAGCAUUGGAAUGAAUGGGGAAGCCCUCACCCUCAGAUCCAGUCCAUCCGAAGAGUGAAGGAUAUGCAGUGGUACCGAAGGGGCUGCUUUGAGUUCACCGCUUAGAAAUCAGCAUCUGCCACUUCAUGUAGCCCUUAGAAGUGGGCACGUUUUGGGAAAAGCAGAGGGGAAGUAUAAAUUAUAUAUAUCACCAGGACAGGCUACAGAACCACUCAGAGACAGACAUGUGUCACAGGUUCAUACUGAUUGACCAAGCCUUCUCUGGCAUAAUGGAGGCCAGGUCUUCUACUUCAUAUGCUAAAAGGUCAUCUUCAUCCUAGUCCAGGAAAAUAAUGAGAGCAACAGAUAACACAUGUGCCUGCCACUGAGCACCUGAAUUUGUAUGGAUGAUCUGUUUUCAGUCAGCUUCUACUUUUUUUCUUGUUUUAAACCAAACUGAUCAAACUAAUGAACUGAGGUUUUAAGGAGGACUGUCUGGCUAAUCUGGUCAAAAGAGGCAUGGCACCUCAGGGCAUUGCAUUAGGAAUUGGGCAAAAAUAACCAAAGAGAGGUAAUAAAAGCAUG